CCAGAAAACCGACUUGAGAUGCUCAACACAAGUCGGUUCGCCCGUUUAUAUUAGCAGAAUACUACCGUUCGUUUUCCAGUUUCCCUCUUCCAUUGCAGAGAACCACAGAUUGGACGAUCAUCAGAUUAAAAUCAGUUAAUCUGCUUUCUAGGGUUUUAGAUUAUCUGUAACUGGAACAAAAGCACGAGACGAAUUGAAUCAUUCCAAAUCAAAAUGGAUCCAGAGAUAGCGAAAACCCAAGAAGAGCGCAGGAAGAUGGAACAAGAGCUUGCCUCUCUUACUUCUCUAACCUUUGAUAAAGACCUCUAUGGUGCAACGGACCGCGAUGCCUAUGUUACUUCGAUUCCAGUGAAUGAUGAGGAGGAUUUAGAUGUUGUUGAUAAUGAAGUUGCUCGAAAGCUUGCGUCUUAUACUGCCCCUAAGUCUCUCCUCAAAGAGAUGCCUCGUGGUGCGGACGAAAUGGAUGAUGGUGGGUUCAAGAAACCGUCGAAGAUUAUUGACCGGGAGGAUGAUUAUAGGAGGAGGAGGUUGAACAGGGUGAUUUCGCCGGAUAGGCAUGAUGCGUUUGCGGCUGGGGAAAAGACCCCGGAUCCUUCUGUAAGGACGUAUGCUGAUGUGAUGAGGGAGGAGGCGUUGAAGAGGGAGAAGGAAGAGACUUUGAGGGCGAUUGCUAAAAAGAAAAAAGAGGAAGAGGAGGCUGCAAAAGAGGGAAGGGAGAGUGCUCCUGUUGUAGCAAAGGAGGCAGCGCCUAAGAGGAGAAAUAGGUGGGAUCAGUCACAGGAUGAUGAGGGUGGUGCAGCUAAAAAGGCGAAGACUGGUUCAGAUUGGGAUUUGCCUGAUGCCACUCCUGGUAUUGGAAGAUGGGAUGCCACCCCUACUCCUGGGAGACUUGGGGAUGCAACACCCUCUGUUGGGAGAAGGAAUAGAUGGGACGAGACACCCACUCCUGGCAGGCUAGCAGAUUCAGAUGCUACUCCUGCUGGUGGAGUUACUCCAGGGGCUACUCCAGCUGGAGUUACUUGGGAUGCUACUCCAAAAGGUUUGGUCACCCCAACCCCAAAAAGGCAGAGGUCACGUUGGGAUGAGACACCUGCAACUAUGGGAAGCGCCACACCUAUGGCAGGGGCUACGCCUGCAGCUGCUUAUACUCCUGGAGUUACUCCUGUGGGUGGGAUUGAUUUAGCCACUCCUACUCCAAAUGCUAUUAAUUUACGGAAUGCAAUGACCCCUGAGCAGUAUAAUUUGAUGAGAUGGGAGAGGGAUAUCGAGGAGAGAAAUAGGCCCUUGACUGAUGAGGAGUUGGAUGCUAUGUUUCCACAGGAAGGGUAUAAGAUUUUGGAGCCACCAGCCUCUUAUGUGCCUAUUAGGACACCUGCGAGGAAGUUAUUAGCAACUCCAACACCAAUGGGAACUCCAUUGUAUGCUAUUCCUGAGGAUAAUAGGGGGCAGCAAUUUGAUGUGCCAAAGGAGGCUCCUGGUGGGUUGCCAUUUAUGAAGCCUGAGGAUUAUCAGUACUUUGGAGCUUUGUUAAAAGAAGAAGAGGAGGAGGAGUUGUCACCUGAGGAGCAGAAGGAGAGGAAAAUUAUGAAGCUCCUGCUGAAGGUUAAGAAUGGGACACCUCCUCAGAGGAAGACUGCUCUGAGGCAGUUGACUGAUAAGGCCAGAGAGUUUGGUGCUGGGCCUCUGUUUAACCAAAUUUUGCCGCUACUUAUGCAGCCAACUUUGGAAGAUCAAGAGAGGCAUCUCUUGGUUAAGGUAAUUGAUAGGGUUUUGUACAAGUUGGAUGAGUUGGUCAGGCCUUUUGUUCACAAGAUCCUUGUUGUGAUUGAACCAUUAUUGAUUGAUGAGGACUAUUAUGCUCGUGUUGAAGGGAGAGAGAUCAUCUCCAAUUUGAGUAAAGCAGCUGGUUUGGCUACUAUGAUCGCUGCUAUGCGUCCUGAUAUUGAUAACAUAGAUGAGUAUGUGAGGAACACAACUGCUAGAGCUUUUAGUGUUGUUGCUUCUGCUUUGGGUAUUCCAGCACUGUUACCGUUCUUGAAAGCUGUGUGUCAGAGUAAGAAAUCAUGGCAAGCUCGUCACACUGGUAUCAAGAUUGUGCAGCAGAUUGCUAUUUUGAUUGGUUGUGCUGUUCUUCCCCAUUUGAGGUCUCUUGUGGAAAUCAUAGAACACGGUCUCAAUGAUGAAAAUCAAAAAGUGAGGACAAUCACUGCUUUGUCCUUGGCUGCUCUGGCUGAAGCUGCUGCUCCUUAUGGUAUUGAAAGCUUUGACUCUGUCUUGAAGCCAUUGUGGAAAGGUAUUAGGUCACACCGUGGCAAGGUGUUGGCUGCUUUCUUGAAGGCAAUUGGUUUUAUUAUUCCCCUCAUGGAUGCCAUAUAUGCCAGUUACUACACCAAGGAAGUUAUGUUUAUCCUAAUCCGUGAGUUCCAGUCUCCUGAUGAAGAAAUGAAGAAAAUUGUCCUUAAAGUGGUCAAGCAAUGUGUAAGCACCGAGGGUGUUGAAGCUGAUUAUAUUCGAUCUGAUAUCCUUCCAGAAUUCUUUAGGAACUUUUGGGUUAGAAGGAUGGCAUUAGAUAGGAGAAAUUAUAGGCAACUUGUGGAUACAACUGUGGAGAUUGCUAACAAGGUUGGUGUUAAAGAUAUUGUGGGGAGAAUUGUUGAGGAUCUUAAAGAUGAGAGUGAACCAUACAGGCGUAUGGUGAUGGAAACAAUUGAGAAAGUGGUUGCAAACCUAGGUGCAUCUGAUAUUGAUGCUAGAUUGGAAGAGCUUUUGAUUGAUGGUAUUCUUUAUGCUUUCCAAGAGCAGACUAGUGAUGAUGCCAAUGUGAUGCUCAAUGGGUUUGGCGCCGUCGUAAAUGCUCUUGGACAGAGGGUGAAGCCUUAUCUGCCACAGAUUUGUGGUACCAUAAAGUGGCGCUUGAACAACAAAAGUGCCAAGGUAAGGCAACAAGCGGCAGAUCUUAUUUCUAGGAUUGCUGUUGUAAUGAAGCAGUGUCAAGAGGAGCAACUGAUGGGUCAUCUUGGUGUUGUCUUGUACGAGUACUUGGGAGAAGAAUACCCUGAAGUUCUUGGAUCAAUUCUAGGAGCUCUCAAGGCUAUUGUCAAUGUUAUUGGUAUGACGAAAAUGACUCCUCCUAUCAAGGAUUUGCUUCCUAGGUUGACACCUAUAUUGAAGAAUAGGCAUGAAAAGGUCCAAGAAAAUUGCAUUGAUCUUGUCGGUCGUAUUGCUGAUCGUGGAGCCGAGUUUGUUCCAGCUAGAGAAUGGAUGAGAAUUUGUUUUGAGCUUCUGGAGAUGCUUAAGGCUCACAAGAAGGGCAUUCGACGAGCUACUGUGAAUACUUUUGGAUAUAUUGCAAAAGCCAUUGGGCCUCAGGAUGUCCUGGCAACCUUACUAAACAAUCUCAAGGUCCAGGAGCGUCAAAAUCGUGUUUGCACGACUGUUGCGAUUGCUAUUGUUGCUGAAACCUGUUCACCUUUUACAGUUUUGCCGGCUUUGAUGAAUGAGUAUCGUGUUCCAGAACUCAAUGUGCAGAACGGUGUCUUGAAAUCCCUCUCUUUCCUGUUUGAAUACAUAGGAGAGAUGGGUAAAGACUAUAUCUAUGCGGUGACUCCAUUACUUGAAGAUGCACUCAUGGACAGAGAUCUAGUUCAUAGGCAGACUGCUGCUUCUGCAGUCAAGCACAUGGCAUUAGGGGUUGCUGGUUUAGGUUGUGAGGAUGCUCUGGUGCACUUGCUUAACUAUGUUUGGCCAAACAUCUUUGAGACUUCCCCUCAUGUCAUCAAUGCAGUUAUGGAAGCCAUUGAAGGAAUGAGGGUAGCCCUGGGUGCAGCUGUUGUAUUAAACUACUGUCUUCAGGGUCUGUUCCAUCCUGCUCGAAAGGUCAGAGAAGUGUACUGGAAGAUCUACAAUUCACUGUAUAUUGGAGCUCAAGACGCUCUUGUGGCAGCUUAUCCUGUGCUGGAAGAUGAGCAUAGCAACGUAUAUAGUCGGCCUGAGUUGAUGAUGUUUAUUUGAAGUGCUAUAUCUGAGUUUCUGUGACAUGGACGAUAUCCGAUGGAGUCAUCUAAAAUGGAAGUGUUAGACAAACUUAUUCUCUUUAGUUGUUAUAAUACGUUUACUCCGAUGCAAUUGUUGGACUGAAUUAAACUUGUAUGUUUGUAGGUAUUUGUUUGGUCUUCUUUAGUUUACUAGUGUAAGAGCACUCAUGAAAUUAAUCUCUAGCUUUCUAUCUUUCAUAAUUCCCUUUUUCAAUUUGGUGCUAGUCUGCGGCCAACAGUACCAGUGGGAUUCCAGCAACACCACCAACUUGGGCAGCAAAUCUGUCACCUUAAUGCUACAAUGGUAGGCAAUGAAUCCUUGAAUUAAAUGGCUAUGGAAUUGUUUAACGACAAUAUAACAAUUUGUCUUUUAUAGAGUCUAUGCAGGUAUAUUUUUUGUUCUUUGGUUUAUAUUUAUAGGUUCUUCUGCGCAAGUCUCUAGUUAAAAGUUGUUUGUAUGAUGAUGCAUUGAUUUUUUGUCAUUUGUUUAGAUUCUUUUCACAAAUUCUGUCUGGUGCUUGUGUUUUACAUGUGGCAAUUUCAGUGCUAAAGAUUAGAGAUGAAGGUGAGGGUGCUACACUUGCCGAGUGGUGGGGUUUUUGUUUCUUUCAUGGAAAAGGUUCGCAAAAAUGAAAUUUUCAGUGUCAGCUCCCAUUCAAAUCUCCUCUCUACAGUAUCAACAUCUGUUUCUGAAACUCGUGGAGUUGUCUGAUGAAAUAUCAAUUUCUUUCUGAUUUACCCUUCAUUUUGUUAAUUUGUCCAGAUUAAUGAUCCAACUGCUAUUAUGCAUUUGGUAAUAAUUCUUUCUAUGCAUGUACAGCGGUUCUAUUGUCAGGUUA